AUGUAUGCCAUCUUGGAUAACAUCACUGAACUCUUUACCUUACAAUCAUUGUUUGUGAUUGAUCUGAACACCAACACAUUGAUCAAUCAAACUAUCCUGGAGAACAAUGGAAACUACACCUAUCAAUACCUCGAAAUCAGCUACAACCCUGUGAAUCAUGUCUUGAACUGUUUGGCCAUUGACCUGUCCACCAACCUAACUUUUGUUGGUCAUCUCACAAUGGAUGGUGAGAUUGUUGCUUAUGAUACAUUGAACUGGACUGCCAUUGGAGCUGGUGUGAGCUAUGGGUUAAUGAAUGCAGCCUACUACCCACCAGGCAACAUAUUCAUUGUUGCCCUUCCUAAUAUGAACACAACUGGAUAUUACACUCAGACACUGAGACUCUAUGAUGUUUCAAAGGGAUUGCUAAUCAACACUGUCCAAACAAACGACUACUACUCAAACUUUGAUUACACGUCAUACUAUGGAUGUAUGAUAGCCAGUGAUGGAGGAGAGUUUGUCCUCCUGGAUAUUACUUCUGGGGUAUCCAAGCCAUUGCCCAUCAAUAAUAUGCCCAAUAUCGAUACAAGUAUGGCAACUCAAGCCGUUGGUGAAAACACGUUAUACUAUUCAAUGCAGGGCGACAAUGAUAAUGUGUACCUUUGCACGAUUGAGUUCACGGCCGGUCCACUUGUGGCUUCAUGUUUGUCGUCCCAUACCAACUAUGCUGGUUUACUACAUGGUCAAAUGAUCGUAUCUCCAUUCUAA